CCGGGAGGAUGAAGGUGAACGAUCAAUGAAAAGAGAGUUUCAAGAUCAUCAGGACACGGGCGCUCAAUACGCUUUAAAUGUAUUUGUAGGGCAGGAGUUCGGUGAAGAGACGGUGGCUCCCGAGUUUUACAAUUGCAGUAAUUUUAUUUUUACAAUAAAAAGACGUUCCAAGAUAUCAGGAGAGGGGCGAUAGUUCUGCCUUCCCUCUGAUAUUUUCCUGGAAUAUCUGAAAGUGAACGGACGGGAGUUUUGGGAGAAAAAAGUUUUUUUUCUCUUAAGUUCGGUAGGAGCUUUGAAUUGGCAAUUGGAAAAUACCUUUGGUAGGGGAGAGGAAUGAAAAAGAAACCUUGCUUAAACAGAAAGCAAGAGGAUUCGCUGCGGAACUUGGAGCGAGUUGAAUAAUCCUCGGACAGGGGUUAAAAAAGAGGGGGAAAAAAACUCAGCGCUUUAUGUAGUGAAGAAAAUAAAAGAAGAGUUGGAAAGCGGAAUUGGCCAGGAGUUGUGCAAACAUUUCCAAAGCUGCACAAUGGCCGGAUUGUACAACCCGACCCUGAAGACGCUUGAAGAUCUGACACUGGACUCGGGCUAUGGAGCUGGGGAUUCCUGCAGGUCGCUCAGUCUCUCCUCUUCCAGGUCCAACUCGCAGGCCCUGCAGUCAGCUCACCGCGGGAACUGGUGGUACCUGUCCGGCUCCAUGAACAGUCGCAACAACAGCUGGGACACUGUCAACACGGUGCUGCCCGAAGAGCCGGAGCUCGGCGACAUCUUCUCCAAAUGCCCCCGGCUCCCGGAGCUGGAGGAGUUCCCCUGGACCGAGGAGGACGUGAGCAAGCUGCUGCGGAAAGGGCGAGCCGCCGGGGAGAGUGGCAAACUCUUGUCGCUGGAAGCCGUCAGGCGCCUGUCGCUGUUGCUCAGGAGGGCUCUCCUCCGGGUCUCCAGGGAAGCCCAGAGGCUCAGUGUGGUCCACUGCAAAUGCACCAGGUUCGAGAUCCAGAGCGCCAUCCGGCUGGUCCUGUCCUGGUCCCUGUCCGAGAGCUGUGUCUCCGCUUCAGUGAAAGCCCUGUCUCUCUACAACAUGAGUGCUGGGGACAGGCUGCGUAAAAGCAAGAGUUCCAGGUGUGGCCUUACCUUCUCAGUGGGGCGUUUCUUUAGAUGGAUGGUGGACACAAGGGUUUCAGUGCGUAUUCAUGAAUAUGCCGCAAUCUCUUUGGCUGCCUGCAUGGAGAGUCUGCUGGAGGAGAUUGGGAUCAGGGUAGCAGCAGGACAUAGUUCAGAAGAAAGAGGGGGAGCCAUGCAUGAUGGCAGGCAAGAGCUUUCGCUGGAAAUGUUGGAGCUGUGCAUCAACAAUGAUGCUGAACUCUGGGGAGUCCUGCAGCCUUAUGAACAUCUCAUCUGUGGCAAGAAUGCAAACGGUGUGCUUUCCCUGCCUGCCCACUUCAGUUUAUAUAACAACGGAUUGUCAACAAAAGAUGGACGCGCUGACGCAUACGCUCAACUGGAGCUUCGAACUCUGGAGCAGUCCCUACUGGCAACGUGUGUUGGCAGCAUUUCAGAGCUAAGUGAUCUGGUGUGUCGAGCUAUGCACCACCUGCAAUGUUCAAACACACUGUCUCCAGGAGUGAGCCCAUGUCGUCAUGGCAGACAGCAGCCCGUCACCUGGUCUCCUGAUGCCCUGCACACACUUUACUAUUUUCUGCGAUGCCCCCAGAUGGAAUCGAUGGAGAAUCCCAACCUGGAUCCCCCCCGAGUUUCCUUAAAUAAUGAGAGGCCAUUCAUGUUGCUCCCUCCACUAAUGGAGUGGAUGAGAGUAGCCAUCACACAUGCUGAGCAUCGGCGCAGUUUAACUGUCGACAGUGAUGAUGUGAGACAAACUGCUCGUUUGCUGCUACCGGGGCUGGAUUGUGAACCACGGCAAUUAAAAACUGAAGACUGCUUCAGUUCAUUUCGUAGACUGGAUGCAAAAGCUGCUACUGCCAAGUUUCAGCAAGACCUUGGAUUCCGCAUGUUAAGCUGCGGCAGAACAGACCUGGUGAAUCAGGCCAUCGAACUCUUAGGACCCGAUGGUGUUAACACCAUGGAUAACCAGGGAAUGACACCACUGAUGUAUGCCUGUGCUGCUGGAGAUGAAGCCAUGGUGCAGAUGUUAAUUGAUGCUGCUGCAAACCUGGAUCUUUCACUCCCUGGCAACACUCAGAGAUACCCUUCAGUGCACCCAGACAGCAGGGGCUGGACAGCUCUCACCUUCUCCGUUCUGCACGGACACAUCCCUGUGGUUCAGCUUCUGCUUGAUGCUGGAGCCAAUGUGGAAGGUGGACUUGUUAAUGCUGGGGAAGAUAACUGUGCAGAAACACCACUUCAGCUAGCUUCAGCAGCAGGUAACUACGAGUUGGUUAGCCUCCUGCUCAGCAGAGGUGCAGAUCCUCUACUGAGUGUACUUGACAGAAAUGGAAUGACAUCGGUGCUACAUGAGAGUAUGAAUUGCUUUAGCCAUGCAGCUGCUCAUGGACACAGAAAUGUGCUGCGCAAGUUGCUUACACCACCCCAAGCUCCAAAGACUGACGUAUUAUCUCUGGAAGAAAUAUUAGCAGAGGGAGUUGACAGUGAUACUUCAAGCAUGGGAAGUAUAAAUGAAGGACAGGUUAAACUUUGCAAAGCCAGAAUGAAGGCUUUACAAGAAGCAAUGUAUUACAGUGCUGAACAUGGUUACCUUGAUGUCACCAUGGAAUUGAGGAACCUUGGUGUACCCUGGAAACUACAUGUCUGGAUUGAAUCUCUGAGGACUUCAUACAAUCAGUGCAGAUGUCCCGUAAUGCAGUACCUGUUACGGGAAUUCACUACCAUCAGACAGGAGGAUUACAAUGAGGAGCUAAUCUAUGAGGGGCUUCCACUUAUGUUUGACAUUCUUAGGGUUAGCAAGAAUGAUGCGCUCAAUCAGCAGUUAGCUUCUAUCUUCAUAUAUUGCUAUGGUAAUGCUCCUAUUCCCAGUAUCCCUGAGUUGAAGAGAAUGCCACCUGCUCGAUUAGACCCUCACAUUUUGAAUAAUAAAGAAAUGUCGGAUUUAACUUUCUUAGUGGAAGGAAAGCCUUUUUAUGCACAUAAAGUUCUUCUAAUUACUGCCUCCAACAGAUUUAAGAUGCUGCUGGCUAAUAAGACAUCUCCAGAGAAUGAGCCGUGCAAGUGUAUAGAGAUCAGUGAGAUUAAGUAUCACAUCUUCCAGAUGAUGAUGCAGUACUUGUAUUUUGGUGAUACUGAGCCAAUAAAUAUAUCCAUUACUGAUGUACUGGAGCUGCUAUCUGCAGCAAGCCUCUUUGAGCUGGAAUCAUUACAGAGACAUUGUGAGAUCAUCUGUACCCAAAUAAUGAACCUAGAGAAUGCAGUCAUCAUUUAUUGUUAUGCAAAGAUACACAAUGCUGUCGAAUUGCUUUCCUAUACUGAGAGCUAUUUCUUGAAAAACAUGAAUGCACUUCUCGAUCAAGAAUCUUUCAAACAGCUGAUUUACGGACGCAACAGUAAACUGCAGGGACUGGAUCCCCUGCAGGGUUUGGACUUGGCAUUAGCUAACAGAAUGCGAUCACUCUACGUCAUGUCAAGGGUGUGAAAUAUUAAAUCAGCAGUAAACUGGGAACUUACGUACAGUACCAGAGACCCAAAGUAGCUUAUCUCUUUUCCCAGACAUGUUAUUCCCUCACUUUGUGAUGGUUGGUUCUUUGGUGAUUUAAAGAUCAUCAACAGCACUGAGGUAAACAUGGUAUCCUGAGUGAAUUUCAUGGCAGUUAGAUAAAGUCAAAUCAGCAGAUGGGCUAGUGAUCUACAUUUGAUAAUUCUACAUGACUAUUUCUUAUCCCUGAUAUCUCGCAGCCACAUUGGAGUAACGGCGAGGGGCUACUUGACCCGUAUUGGUUUUGUCUAAAGUGACAGGGGAGAGAGAAGAUUGGCAAUAUUGUAUCUUUGCAAAUUAGAUGAACUUUCUUGUAUAAUUUGGCUUUUUCUCAAACUCUCAGGAGGAUAAUAGAAUUGUUGCCACUACUCUUAUUACAUGAAAGAGAGUCUAACCACCUCUCUCCUUGGUAUGGUUGAAUUCCCCACUUUUAACAUCAUAAGGGUUAUCAUUGAACAGAAACCGAACUGGAUUAGCCAUUUAAAAUCUGUGGUUCAAAAGCCACUCAGAGGCUUGGAAUUCUGAGGUAGUUAACAUGAACUAAAGCUCAGGAGAAUGAUAAAAUACGCUGAACUUACCUGGAUGGAUGCAGCUCAACAUCAUCUAGGACAAAGCAGCCUACUUGACUGACAUUCCAUCAACCACCUUAAAAAAAAGCAUCAACUAUCUUUGCUACUGGUGUUCCAUUAACAAGAUGCAUUACAGUAACCCAGUAAGGUAACUUCUACCUUACAGCCCUAUUAUGAACACGGAUGACAAGAGAUGUUUGAGUAUCACUACCAGAAAGUUUCUUUGAGGAACACAACAUCACGACCUGGACAUUGCCAUGCCUUCACUAUUGCUCGGCCAAAAUCCUGAAACUCUCUUCCAAGCAGCACUGUGGAUGUACCUAUACAACAUGAACUGCAAUGAUUCAAGGAACAGCUUGCCACUACUUUCUCAAGGGCAAGUGACACACAUCCAUGGGUGGUGGGGGUGGGGAGCAAUUAAAAAUUCAACGUAAUUCUACGUACCUGUGCAGUUGACUCCAAGCACUGCAUUUGUAGGAGUCAUAAUCAAAAGACUGUAGUUAUGUCAUUAUUAUUAAUUUAGGGAACUAUUUUUUAGAAACUUUUGGAAUAUAUAUGGGCAGGUUACAGACUAGUCAAGGAAAGAUCAAAAUGCUUAAUUACAAAUAUGUAGUUCAUCCAGGUAGGACUGAAAGGUUGGGGUGUAAAGUGAUUGAAUUCCGUCAGUGCGUUCUUUUUGGAUGCAUGAAUAAUGAAUUUGUUUCUAUUUUCAGUCAACUGUUUUAUGUCAUUGUUUAUAACAGCACUACAAGAAUCUUCUUCAAACAUAUUGAUCAGUUUGAUAAAGUUGCACAGUGGAAUUUCAGUUUUAGUGCACUGAAACAUCGCACUUUUACAUUGAAUACCCAGAUUGGAUACUUCUUGCAAACAUAAGAUGUACUGUGUCAUCAAGAAAAAGGCUGUAUUACUGAAUACAGAAAAACCUGUUUCAUUUUGAUGGUAGGUAUUAAGACGUACUGAAUUGUGAGCCAGUGCAAGUCGAGUCAAAUGUGUUAAUCAUGAUAGAUCAUGGGAUCAAAGAUUUUAAUAUGUAAUUUUGACAAAGUUUAAUGUUCCACUAAUAAGUGGAAUCAUUGUUUAUUUCAAAUGUAAUGUAAAAAUAAUUCCAAUUUAAUGACUACAUGCUACCUAAUGCAUCAAAUCAGUUGCAAUUUGUCAUAAUAAUGUUUGUUGACAAGUUAGUUUCUUUCAGUCAAAAAACCAUUAGAAAUUCAGACCACAAGCAAUUGCUUAACAUCAGUGGCAUACUUGUCAGUGUUAAAUGGCAAUACCGCCCCGUGGGGUGGCACAGUGGCUGGCACUGCUGCCUCUCAGCGCCAGCAACCCAAGUUCGAUUCCACCCUUGGAUGACUGUGUGCGUUUGCACAUUCUCCCAUGUCUGCGUGGGUUUCCUCGUACGGUCCAAAGAUGUGCAGGCUGGGUGAAUGGCCAUACUAAAUUGCUUAUUGUGUUCAAGGAUGUGCAGGUUAGGUGAGUUUAUAGGGGGAUGGGUCUGGGUGGGAUGUUCUGUGUGGACUUGUUGGGCCUGUUUCCACACUGUAGGGAUUCUAUAAGAAGUGUGAUUCUAAAUUGCAGUUCUUACACAUUACACUAGUAUCAGAACAAGGCUUUGGCAUAUCCUUAACCAGAACACUUCAUAAAACCCUUGUAGUAUCUGUCUCAUUGUGAUUCAUUGAUGUCUACUCAGGGUCAUAAGUUUUCUACUCUGACAGAAGUGACUGAGCAGACUGAUUCUUGAUUUGCAGAUCUUUGGACACAUGGAUCAAUAUGACUUAAAAAGCAACGGGAUAAAUCUUGUAUUCUGAAUCCCACUGCUUUCUAACUGCAUUCUGCCUCAUUGUUUAAGAUCUGACUUAAAGUGUGAUGGACAAAUUGUCUGCUUUCCAGAGAGACCACUCUCUCUGACUCCCUUGUUCGCUCCACACUGCCCUCCAACCCCACCACACCCAGCACCUUCCCCUGCAACCGCAGGAAAUGCUACACUUGCCCCCACACCUCCUCCCUCACCCCUAUCCCAGGCCCCAAGAUGACUUUCCAUAUUAAGCAGAGGUUCACCUGCCCAUCUGCCAAUGUGGUAUACUGCAUCCACUGUACCCGGUGUGGCUUUCCUCUACAUUGGGGAAACCAAGCGGAGGCCUGGGGACCGCUUUGCAGAACACCUCUGCUCGGUUCGCAAUAAACAACUGCACCCCCCAGUCGCAAGCCAUUUCCACUCCCCCUCCCAUUCUUUAGAUGGCAUGUCCAUCAUGGGCCUCCUGCAGUGCCACUAUGCCACCCGAAGGUUGCAGGAACAGCAACUCAUAUUCCGCUUGGGAACCCUGCAGCCCAAUGGUAUCAAUGUGGACUUCACCAGCUUCAAAAUCUCCCCUUCCCCCACUGCAUCCUAAAACCAGUCCAACCUGUCUCUGCCUCCCUAACCUGUUCUUCCUCUCACCGAUCCCUUCCUCCCACUCCAAGCCACACCUCCAUCUCCUACCUACUAAUCUCAUCCCACCUCCUUGACCUGUCCGUCUUCCCUGGACUGACCUAUCCCCUCCCUACCUCUACUCUCCUCUCCACCUAUCUUCUUUUCUCUCCAUCUUCGGUCCGCCUCCCCCUCUCUCCCUAUUUAUUCCAGUUCCCUCUCUCUGAUGAAGGGUCCAGGCCCGAAACGUCAGCUUUUGUGCUCCUAAGAUGCUGCUGGGCCUGCUGUGUUCAUCCAGCCUCACAUUUCAUUAUCUUGGAUUCUCCAGCAUCUGCAGUUCCCAUUAUCACUGGACAAAUUGUUGCCAUUUUCUUCCUAGACAUUAAUGUCAAUGCUUUCAUAUUGUUUGUAUCCCACUUGAUACCUAGGUGCUUCAAGUGCCCAACUAUUUUUGCCUACUGUUUUUCACUCAGGAACCUACCAAUACAGUUGCUCCUACAAAUCUCUCCUGCUUUUGGAUGAAUUUUGGUGUGGUAAUUUAAACAACAUCAGCCAUUCCAGAAUUAGGAAAUCCAAUCCCAGCAGGGAAGAUGCUUUUCUGAAAUCUGGAUGUGGUAUCCUGUCCAUUUUAGUUGGUUUGGUCGGAGGUUGACUAGAAUAUUUGUAGAGGUAGCUUUAAGGAUUUGCUUGCCAGUUCUCCCAAUGAAUCUGUGCAAUGUGACAAAAAGCAGUGCUACUGGAAUUUCACUCACUGGAGUACACAACAGUGCACUACACCCAAGGGCUUUUGUCAACAGGCAGUGGUCUUUUCUGUCAAACAUUCACUGCUGGCUUGGGUGCACAUACGUGAUACCUACCUACAUUUCAGGUCAUAUAAUGUUUGAGAACAGGCUCUGCAUAAGUUUUAGGCUUCACAAUGUCUCCUAGAUUAGUUCACAGCUGCACACAAGAGCUGUAUACUUAGUCAAUCUGACAACAGUCUGACAUACAUGUUGAGAUGGGUAAGGUUCUUUUGGCUGUCAAAGAAGUGAAUAUACAACACCAGUUUGCAACCUGGGAUGGGUUGUGAAAUGGUCUGCCUUACUUUCACAUGGUCUUAUGUACUUCCAUCUAUAAAAUUAAAUUUGGGGACAUAACCACAGCACUACCAACAGAAUGACAUUUGUAAUUUACAGCAAGGUUUAGAAUGUUUUUCAGAUGCCCUAUUACAUUCAGUCACACAUGAUGAUGAUGUCUCCUCAUUCUUUGCCUUCACAUUAACUGAUACACGAUAUCUGUUUGGGUUAUGCACUAGCAAUGGUAAAUUUAGAACAUUAAUUGGAAACUGAGCUGCUUUUCUCCUCUUUGUAAUUUAUUCCCUCCCCUUCACUGACAGCUGAACUCAUGGAGAAGUUUCUACUUUGAAUAUACUGUGUCUGUUGCUCUGUAGCCAAAAGAAACACAACCAGCUUAAAGGUUUUCAUUGACCAGGACUUAACAUAAAUGUAUUAAAAAUCUGUUUUACAGUCACAAUUAGAUUAAACUAAUAUUGCUUAUUCAAUGCAAUUGCAUAGUGUGUGGAAUGACAGUCAUGUACAAGCACAAUUCCAAGGGCAUUGUUCAAAAGUUAGAAACUGUACAUAUAGGCAUUUCGUUCUUACCUGCCAAUUUUUUUCAGAAUAAAUUUUACACAAGCUAGAAGUCAAAGAAUGUAGUCAGGCAAUAAUAGCAAUAAUUGAUUCACUGGUUUGUGUUUCUAAUUUUUACACCAAUCCCAUAGUUCCCUGGCUUAUUAAUUACUGCUCAUCAAAAGUGAAUUACAUAGAGAAACAAACUAGCUGUUUGGUAAAAUGACUAUUUGUAAUGGACAACUUUUUAAUGAAGUAUUUCGUUACCAUCUGAAAUAUUCAGUAGUUUGUAUAUAUUAUGUAUAAAAAGCAUUUGUAGAAUAACAAGGCGGUUUUUUUUAUUGUAUUCUCAGUUUUUUACUCUUUGUUGUCAAGUUAAUGUUUUGAAGGGUGUAUGAGGAGACUGAUAGAAUUAAGCUGAGGCUCUUCUUAAAACCUUAACUUGAAUUCUUAGUCAGACUUCACGCACAACUGUAUCUCCUUGAAAAGGAUAUGGUUUCUAUAUCAUAAAUGGCAAUCAUGCAAAUAGAGAUGGACUCAUAACUGACUCAAAGUGUAAGGGAAAUAAUUAAAUACAAACCAGAGUGCCACAUAUUGCACAAAAGUGUGUACAAUUCAAAUUUUGUUUGUUUCUUUCAUCAUUUAAAAAUUUCUGUGCAGUGAUUACAAACUUUAAAACUAAAACAAAAUACUGCAGAUGAUGAAAGUCCGAAAGUAAUAAUGUAUGAGAAAAGUUUGGUAGUUUUGCCAUUCGUGAAGAGAGAAAGAGAGUUAAAGUUUCAAGUCAAAUAUGAUUUCACUUCUAUUUCAGGGUGACUUUCCUACUUUACCACUCAAUGUCAGUACUUAUGAAACUUGAGAUCCUAAAUGUUUUGCUAAUCACAGUCUCGCUAUCUCCUGCCAAAAAAACGGUGUACGUGUAGCCCCAGAUCCUUCUGUCGCUGCACACCCUGUUGAAGUGUGCUAUUUUGUCCACAUCCACACCACCCCCCCCCCCC